AUGCGGGACUCUGAAAACCCAAUCAUGCAGCAUUUUCACUUAAGCAGUGGCUCAGAGGGCCAUACAGUCUUUACCGGUAACGCAAAGGGCCGACCGGCAUCCCAAUCAAAACUACCCAUCAUGAAUGAGUCGAUACCACCAAAGUUUUUUGAUUGUGAACCUUCCAGACGCAUUCAUCCUUCCGUCCUACAAGAUACUGUUGAAUUUGAUCAUGUUACCCUACGAUCUGAAAUGAUGCCAGUGCUAAUUAAAACAAGUCGCAAUCAGAAGAAGAAAUUGGGUGAGACGAGCUACUUUUGCCCGGUUACCUUGAAGCUGCACAAUGUUGUAUGGGCAGGCAAUCCUGAGAUUGCAGCCAGAUACAAGGGAAAGCUGUACUACUUUGUGAGCUACGACGCUCGAAACCAGUUCUUCGAGAAUCCGGAACUCUUCCUUGGCGAUGGAAAGCAAGCAUUAAAAGUAAUUCCUCAUCUAUGA